AUGCAGAGUACCGCUGCGGCGGCCCCGGUGCCGACGUUGCCUUUCUUUUCGCUCGCGGGCAAGACGGCCGUCGUCACCGGAGGAGCACGUGGACUGGGACUCGCCAUGAGUAACGCCCUGGUCUUGAGCGGAGCCAACCUCGCAAUUGUUGAUUUGAACGUGGACGAGGCCGCCCGGCAAGCCCAAGCCAUUACGAAGACAUUCAGCGAGACGUACCCGGACCAGAAAAAACACAACACCAAACCAGCCCAACUAAGUCAGCCCCGGAAAAGACCCCCGAAGGUAACCGCCCACCACGCCGACGUCUCGUCCAAACCCGCCGUCGACGCCGCCCUCGCCGAAAUCCUCACCGCCCACGCCGGCGGACCCAUCACCAACCUCAUCGCCUGCGCCGGCUUCUGCGAAAACACAGCCGCGAUCGACUUCCCGCCCGAGCGCAUCAGACGCAUGCUCGCGGUCAACGUCGAAGGCACGUACCACUGCGCCACCGCCGUCGCCAAGCACAUGAUGGCACGCGGGACCGCCGGCAACAUGGUCUUCGUCGGCAGCAUCUCCGGCAGCGUCGUGAACUACCCGCAGCGGCAGAGCUUGUAUAACGCGUCCAAGGCGGCGGUUAGGCAUCUGGCUGCGAGCUUGGCGGUGGAGUGGGCGGGGGACGGGAUUCGUGUGAAUUGUCUUAGUCCUGGGUAUAUGCUUACGGAGGUGGCUAUGAAUGCGCCGAUUCUCAAAGAGGAUCCCGGGUUGAAGGCGAGAUGGGAGGCGAUGAUCCCGCUGGGGGAGAUGGGUGCGCCCGAGGACUUGAUGGGGACGGUGGUUUUCUUGUCGUCGGACGCGUCCAGGUACAUUACCGGCCAGGAGAUCAAGGUUGAUGGCGGGUAUACCGUGUGUUGA